AUGGCUCAUUUAGAUCAAGCUGAACAUUUGUAUCGAGAACAAUUACGUCAUUCGAAUUCUAAUGAUCAAUUCUUUACAUUAGUUCAUCUGGGACAAAUUACUCAUGCUAAAUAUGAAAAUAAACGAGCAUUGAAUUGGUAUGAACAAGCAAUGAAACAUGUCGAGAACCAAAUCGAAACGAGUACGAUUGGUACAUUUUACAAUUUCAUCGGUGAAGUUCAUUUAGAAAAAGAAGAUUCUCAAUUCGCUUCAAGUAUCUUUCAACAAGCAUUAGAAUUAGGAAAUGAUCAUCUUGAUAAACAGUUAGAACUUAUGAAAAUCUAG